GCGCGUGCGCAGUGCGGGUGUCCGGGAGGGCGCUGGGCGCGUGCGCAGUGCGGUCGGGCCUGCGGGGCCGCGGUGUUUCCUGCCCCGGGAUGUCGGGUCCGGGGGGCCCGGGCCCCGGCGGGGGGAAGCUGGACAUCAACCGCGCCGGGGUGUCCGAGCUGGAGGGGGCGCUGAGCGGCAUCGGCCGGCGCCGGGCCCGGGGCAUCGUGCGCAAGAGAGAGGAGCUGAAGGGCUUCAACUCGCUGGAUGACCUGCUGCACGUCAAGGGCAUCACCACCCGCAUCCUGGAGCUGAACAGCCAGCGCAUGACUUGCAGGCGGAGGCCGAGCAGCGAGGAGGCCCCUGGCGAGAGCCCAAGCCAGCAGGGGCACGAUGCUCCUGUUCCUCAGAUGCUGGCUGAGGAGGAAAACGGUGUCCAGGCUGCCUGGGAGUCAGAGGAAUCGGAUUGCUCGGGUGUCGAAGGGGGUUCUGGUCCAGAGUCCGAUGGCUCCAGAGUGCGGGUGGGGCAGGAGCCCGAGGAGCCGGCCAGCCUUGGGCGGCUGGAGCCCGCCAGCUCCAGAGUCUGUGGGGCACAGGAGGAGGAGGAGGAGGAGGAGGGGAGCUGCUGCAGUGAUGAAGGGGAGGACGGCAGUGAUGUCUAUUUCUAUUACACCAUUGGCGAGCGCUGGAUUGACUAUCUGGAGAGGACCGAGGAGGGCAGUCUCAUCCGACACGUGCGGCCAAAGGUAAUGGGCGCAGGGCAGCUGCGAACCUGUCGGGGACAAGCACGUACGGGCCUGGGGGCUGCUGUGGGGCAUCGGCUGAUGGCUCCCCCCGGGAACAAAGGAACUGGGCCCAGGGGCAGCCCUGUACCACAUUGGGGGUGGGGUGGCUGGAGGAGAAGUGGGCAGCACCUGAAUAGAGCAGAGAUUGAACCUGGAUUUCCCCACCCACUGCCUGAGAGCGGAACAAGGAGCCCUGCAGGGCAGGGUCAGCUCUAG